CGCGAACGUAGACAAAGCAAAAAUGGAAGCUUCAAAAUAUUUUGGAAUCUUUGUAUGGAUUAAUGACGAUCCUGUGACUGGAAACGUUCUGAACCUUACCAACAUUGUUGAACCAAGAAAACCACUCACGGAUUAUCGUGAGAAAGAUGAAGUGACGGCAAAAUGUCCCGGAUUCGGUCUGCAAAAGGCGGUCCUCGGUAAAAUAUCUGAUGAAUCUGGAAAGAAAUUCUUACAAGCCAUCAUUGAAGGCAAAGACCCAAAUAAUGACUUCAAAAGUCUUGUAGAAAGAGUAUGGAUGAAACCAGCAUUUGAUUCUGAAUGUGUCGGAGAAACAAUGUCAGUUCAGCAGCUACUUGAAAAAGAUGAAUUGAAAGAACAGAAAGGAUUGGAAAGCAGAAAAAGAAAGCAUGUAGCCACAGCACUACCACCAAUUUCUGAUGACGAGGAAGAUGCUGAAGUUACAUUGGUUGAAGAUUCAGAAACUCCUGUGAUACCAAAAAAGAAAGCCUUAGAUUCAUUGCUGCCUGCAAUGAAAGAUAUUCAGACCCAGGCACAAAAUGCUAAAAAGGAGGCUUCAAAGCUCAAGAGGCAAAAGGACAGGGUCAUGUCUGAAGCUUCAAGCUUAAAAUCUUUGGAAAUUCUUCCAGAUAGACCAGAUCAAAGUUUGAGUGCUAAGGUUGAUCAAAUAAGUUCUGAUUUAGCUGAAGUGAAGUCAGACUUAAAGAGAAUUACAGAUAAACAAGAGACUUUGAUUAACCUGAUUGAGCCAUUGUUGGAGUCCAUUCAAUGUAACCAGUGCCUUAGGUUAAUGUAUAAGGGAAACAAAAAAACUGCAAGGAAAGAAGAUGAUUCAUUAUCUGAAGCACCAACAACUUCCCAAGCAACCAUGGCAGUUACUGUGUCGACACCAAAGACCAGUUGCACUCCACCUGUCCGUUCUUUGGAGACGGAAUUAGUAGAAAUGGACAUGAGUCCAAUAGCAGAGGAAAAGGAUGCUAGAGGGGAUGAACCAAAAAAGGAUGAUGCUGAAUAUGAUUUGGUGUACUUGGGAGAAGCGAAGUAUGGGGUGCAACUGAGGAAAGAGGAGCUGAAUAGGUGCUUGGAAAUGAGUUCCACACCUGAAAAGUUGGCCCUCAAUCUACUGGAAUUCCUGGUGACCAAGGAAGACUGUCAGAACAUGACAGUUUAUGGGCACGGAAAACUGAAGAGGGAAAUGGCCCCAAACCUAAGAAGGGCUUUAAGAAGUCAGAUUUUCAGUAGAUACCUGUUAGACAGGUCAGAGGAGGAGAAGUCCAAACUGUGGAUGGAGAAGAUUGUUUAUAAACUGAAUGAUAAGAUUCGAGGAAUAAAAAAUGGCAAAUAUAAAUGCAAAAAGUGAAAAACUAUAUAUAUAGAUAAUAGAAAUGAAAAACUGAUGAAGCAUGUUGUAAAUAUUUUUAAUACCCAGAUGUACAAUUUUUAAAUACUAAUCACACAUGUAAAAGUAUUUCCAGUUUUUGUUAUGUUUUUUAGCUCAACUGUCACAAAGUGACAAGGUGAGCUCUUGUGAUCACAAUUUGUCUGGCGUCCAUCUGUUAUCUUUUACCAGCAUAUGACCCUCUUGAUUUUUUGGUGUGUUUUUUUUUUUUUGUCAGAAAAAGCUAUGCUGCAUUUUUUUACUGUGAUAUUGUUUGAAUCCCAGAUUUGGAUUUUGUAAGGAUAUCCCAACCGGGAUCCCAAUGGAAUCCCAAUUGGGAUUUGGCAGGAUCCCAAUUGGGAUUUGACGGGAUCCCAAUUGGGAUUUGGCGGGAUCCCAAUUGGGAUUUUGCGGAAUCCCAAUUGGGAUUUGGCGGGAUCCCAGUGGAAUCCCGGUCGGGAUCCCAUUAUUUUAUCCCAGUGGAAUCCCGGUGGAAUCCCAUUCGGGAUUCCAUUGGGAUCCCAC